AUGUCCGCAACUCUAAGCAACAACACUUCUACCGUUAAAUUAAACACUGGUUACACCAUUCCUCAAGUUGGUUUGGGUACUUGGAGAUCCAAAGAAGGUGAUGGUUACAAGGCUGUCACUGCAGCUUUGAAAGCUGGAUACAGACACAUUGAUGGUGCUGCAAUUUACUUGAAUGAAGAAGAAGUUGGUAAGGCUAUCAGAGACUCUGGUAUUCCACGUGAAGAACUUUUCAUCACCACCAAGCUAUGGAAUACUCAACAGCGUAACCCUCAAGAGGCAUUGGAACAAUCUUUGGAAAGAUUGGGACUGGAAUACGUUGAUCUAUAUUUAAUGCACUGGCCAGUUCCUUUGAAAACAAAGAGAAUCACUGACGGAAACCUUUUGAGUAGUCCAGCCAAGGAAGAUGGUAAGCCAGAUGUCGAUACCGAGUGGGACUUUGUCAAAACUUGGGAAUUGAUGCAAGAGCUACCAAAGACUAAAAAAGCCAGAAGUGUCGGUGUGUCGAACUUCUCUAUUAAUAACUUAAAAGAACUUUUGGCAUCUCCUGGUAACAAACUGGUGCCUGCAGUUUUGCAAGUUGAAAUUCAUCCACUAUUGCCACAAUACGCUCUCUGCGAUUUCUGUAAAGAGCACAAUAUUCAAGUCGAAGCAUACUCUCCACUAGGUGGUCAUGGUGCUCCAGUGCUGGAUGAUCCUAUCAUCAAGCAAAUUGCUGAUAGACACAAUGCUGAUGCUGGUAACGUUGUUGUCAGUUGGGGCGUUCAAAGAGGUAUCGUCACCUUGCCAAAAUCCACUACUCCUGAAAGAGUUGUCUCCAAUUUGAGAACCUUUAAGUUGUCCGACGAAGAGAUGGGUUCCAUUAACAACUUGUCGAAGUCUAGAGGACAAAAAAGAACCAAUGCUCCUGACAUGUCUCCUUUCCCAUUAUUCGAAUAG